AUGGCUCUUCUGGCUUUGGCCAUCGCUGUGGCCGUGCUGCCUGCAACCUCUCAGCAGCAUGACUGUUCGAUUUUGGGCUGCGAAGCCGAUCCAAGCUUCCAUUUUCAGCUCCUGCAGUACAAGAUGGCGGCAAAGACUGCGCAAGAUCACUCGGAGUGGAUCGGGAAAGGUGGGAAUGUUAUCAGGUCUGGAUCAACAUGGGCUAUCCCACCUGUGGACCUUUCAAAAGGUCCAACUUGGACAUGGGAAGCUCCCUUUGGUGGCCUUGUGCGCGGCUCACCGGUGGUGGAUUCCAAGGGCUGCAUCUACCAGUCGACGAUUGCUGGGGAGAUCGUAAAGUUCUCGCAGACAGGCGAUGUCCUCUGGGCCAUCAGCACAGGAGGAAUCUCCUUCCCUGGCAAUCCGGUUCAUCUAGCAGGUGUGCUCUACAACUUCGGGACGGAUGGUCAAAUGCUCGCCCUGGAUGCCAAUGAUGGGAAGAAGCUGUGGCAGACGCCGGCCUGCGAAAUGGCAAGUGGUGACACCCACACGAUCAUUGCGGGCGAGGGGGUCGUGCUUGCCUCGUGCUUGAACAAGGACGAGAACCAGGCUUUUGGCUCCGCCACAAUGGUUGUCGCCUGCAAUGCCACGGAUGGGCAGGUCAUGUGGAAGUACCGUCCAGAUAGUGGCCUGUACAACUGGAUCGGGUCGAUUCAGUCUGGAGACGUUCUUUUCUCUGACAUGAAUGGGGGCGUCUAUCGCAUGAGCCUCAAAGACGGGUCUCUUGUCUGGAAGGUGCCUGCUCCAGCUGGGGCUAUCUCGACCACUGGGGGCUUAUCGGGCGCCGACAACGGCCUCGUCUACGUUACGCACAAUCUGGACAGCCCCGCAGGACACGUGGGGGUACUCUCCGUGUACACCGCAGCAGAUGGCAAGCCAGUCUGGCAACGCAGCUUCCCAAAGUUCCCAGCAAACUCUGGUCCAGCAGUUGCUACAGGUGCGGACGAGCCCUUUGUCGUCAUCGCCAUUGGGACUAACCCUGGCUUUGCUUUGCCGAUGGGUGCCGUGUUGGACCUGGACCCAUUUGAUAAGAAUGAUACCAGCGGAACUCAGCGUAAACCCUCGAAGGCCGUCGCCAUGGAUGCAAAAGACGGCCAUACCAUCUGGGAAUACCAAUUCCCCGACUGGCACGGGGCAGCAGCCGGUGAUACAGGCACUCACACUUGCUUGCCGGACUCCUAUGCAAACCCCUCCAUCGCUGGAGAUGGUGCCGUCUUUUUGGCCGGUAUGUCCGGCACCGUCUACCGCCUUCAUGACAAGGACAAGGACGGUAAGUUUGAUCCAGCCAGUGGUGAGGUCACGACGUAUGACACCGGGAAUGCAUUCCAGGCCGCUCCAGCAAUCAGUGAGGGCAUACUCGCGGUGUCUCCUUGCAACGGAUUGAAAGCGUUUCAUCGCAAUGCCUCCGUCCUUGCCGCGCUCGUAGAGGAUCAUCUAGUGGAGGCAGACUUCGUCGAUGGGCUUCAGUGGAAGGACCUAAACGAGGACCUACGGUUGCUGGCCCUGAGGAUGGUAGAGGAAGUCGAGAAGGGAGUUGGUGAGCAAACGCAGACUCCAGCUCAAGUGACUGACUCCCUGUGGCGGCAGCUGAACCUGGAUGCCUUGGAUGCUCUUCUGCUCCGCUGGCAUCGGUGGAGGGACCAGCUGGGACUGCCCAGUUUGGUUCGCACCGAGCUCCCUGGCCCGUCGGAUCUCGAGAUGAAGGAACUUCAGGAGGCCGUUUUGCAUGCUCCAGAGGCAGGCCAAGAGCUUUCGAAGCAUUUGGUGGAGAUCGUCGUGUUUGCGGAAGGCUUGCUGGGCCUUCGCAAGCCCCACAGACAAUCGGUUCUCACGGCGAAGCUCCCAGCUGGUAUCGUGGAUGGGGAGCAAGUCCAUGUUGUGGUCCAAGCUACUCCGCAAGCUGAUGGCACUCCUUCAGAUGAGGUACGAGUCAGCAUCGUUAAUGCGAAUGGGGAUGAGAUUGGAGUGCAGCGGAGUCACUUGCACAUGCUUGGAAAUGCCGAUGAAAUCAUUCGUGCCUUCUCCUCCCAAGAGCUAGGCCUGGAAGACGGCCCUGAGGAGUCAGAAAAGGGCGACCUGGGAUGCAGACGUUUCCUCUCUUCUGUUGUCCUUCUCGUUCUUACAGUCUCCUUCAUGCUAUCUGCUUUGCUUUGCCGCUGA